AUGGCACCAGGGAAAUCAUUAAAUUUACGUGGUGGUUCAGUUAGUCCAAGUGCAAGAUCAUAUGAAACUUCUGUAAUGAAAGUUGGCGGUGAAGUAUUUGAUCCAGAUGGAUAUAGAAUGGAUGUGACUGUAUGGUUUCGACAUAGAAAUGAAGCAUUAUAUUAUGUCGACAGUGGUGGUAAUGUACAUGGACCAAUGGAUCAACGACAUACUGCAAGAUUAGGAAAUAUUAGUCGUAGUGGUCAAUUCAUUCCUGGAUCACGCUAUUAUCUUGGUGAUAAUUUAACAAGUGAACGUUUUAAACGACGUCAAUCCGAUAGUGGUGCAUGGGAUUCUCGUUCAGAAACUCAUAAUCAUCAUGUUCAUAAUACAUUUCGAAGUCGUACCUAUUCUGAAACUAGACGUUUAAAUGAAUAUACUGAUAAUUCCAUAGCAACACGUUAUCCUAAUCAAUUAAAUCAACAACCAUAUUAUAAAACAACUGCAUCACAUAAUAUAUCAAAUCAUUCACCAUCAAAUACCCAUAUAUCACGUUGGUCAUCAAUGCAAACAACUGGUACACAAGGAUUAUGGAGAGGAACAAAUAGUGGACGUUAUGCUACUACAUUAACAAGACAACAUAUUAAAAAACAUCAUGAUCCAAUUGAAAUGGUUGUUAAGCAUACACCAUCAGCUGGCGCAUCAAGAGUUGAUUUACUAUCAGUCGAUAAUCGUCAAGGUAGUCUACCACAUUUAGCUUAUUCAAUACAUAAUACAGGAAUAAGUGAACGUGAACAAAAAUUACAAAAUGAAUUAUUAAAUACACAACGUGAAUUACAACAAUUAAAACGAUCAAGAAGUUUAACUGGUGAACAAAAUUUAACACAUUCAACAACAUUAAAACAAACAUUAAAAUCAGGUUCAAGUCAAUAUUUAAAUGAUGGAUUUUGGACAACAUAUAGUUUGAAAAAGAAUGAAGGUCAACCAUGUGGAGCACGUAUUGCAGUUCAACCUCAAAGAACAUCAAGUCAAAUGAAUAUUAGUGGACCUAGUACAAUGACUAAAACUGCAUGGUUAUCAGAAACUAAUCUGAGGAAUAGUACAACAUGUAAACAACCACCAAUGUAUUCAACAUAUUCAGCUCAUAAAGAAAAUAUGAGACGAAUGCAAGAACAAAGAAGGACAACAGAAGAUUGGCAAGCAUCCAAUAGACAACUACAUGAUUCCAGAUCAGUGGGUAGUCGUGCUGUUUUAGAAGAAAUGGAAACAAUAACAUUACAACCAAUUGGUCGUGGUGUACACGAUCUAGAACCACCAACUGGUUCUAUAGCUAGAUCAGUUCGUGCUACAACACCAAGUGCGAAUAGAUCAUACGCUCCUGGAUUAGAACAACAAGAUGGUUUUCGUACAAUUGCAACAACAAAUUAUCAUCGUGAAAUGCAUACAUCUGGACCACAAUCACCAUAUCUUGGAACAAUGAGACAAAAUUCACAAUAUGAAGCAACACCAAUAGUAAAUCGAUCAAUAGUUCAACAAUCUGUUAUACCAUUCUCACCAAAUGGAAGUUUAUCUGGAACAAAUAUUGGUGUUGAUAUUGUAGAUGGUGAUACAGUAGGAAUGCGUCAAGUUCUUGAUACUUCUAAAUAUUGGUAUUUACCAGGAAUUUCACGUCCUGAUGUUAUUGCAUUAUUACGUGAUAAAGAACCAGGAAGUUUUGUUAUUCGUAAUAGUAAUACAUAUGCUGAUAGUUUUGGUUUAGCAUUGAAAAUUCCACCAAGUUCACCAAGAAUAAUAUCGAAUAAAGAUGAUAUUCAAUCUGAAUGGGUACGUCAUUUUCUAAUUGGUACAGUACCUAUGCAUGAUGGUCGUGGUAAUGGAGUACAUUUACGUGGUUUCUCUAGUGAUCCAACAUUUCCAAGUUUAGCAGCUUUUGUUUAUUAUCAUAUUCAUAAACAAGGUGCAUUACCAUGUACACUACGUCUUCCAUUAUUUACAAAUCAAACAUUAUUCAAUCAACAAAGAACUACUGUUAAUGAACAAACAGUUUAUGGAUUAGAACCUUCAUUACAAACAAUAUUACCAACUACUAACACAAUGAGUACAGAUAUGUUAUACCUUGGUUCUGUUGAAGUAGAUCGUCUUGAAAAUAUAAAUGCAGCAAUUCGUGGAAUUGGAAAAAUUCUAAGUUUAGCACAAACAUAUUCAGAUGGUUUACCAAAACGAUGUGAAGUACAAAUUAAAGUGAUACCACAUGAUGGUAUUACAUUUACUGAAAAAUAUAAACGUGCUGUAUGGAGAAAAACUAUUAAACCAAAUAAUUUAUUAUGGUGUGGAUUAGAUCCAGAAAAUCGAGAAUUUAAUGAUGCCGAAUUACGAUCUAAAGGAAUGUAUGGUUCAAAAAUAUUGGCAUUAGUUGCACGUAAACAACGUUUUUGGUUACAUGAAAAUGUUGUUUAUGUAUUUUGUGAAAUUGAUCAUAAUCAUUCAGCUUUAAAUUUAGUACGUUUCAUUAAUACUAUAUUUCCUAAUUUAAGGGAUUAA